AUGAACAAGAAAAGGCACUUUCUGGAGCCUCCAGAGGUCAAAGACUACCUGGUCAAAGGAGAUAGAUUUACCAAGUGGUCAGAGGACUCGACAAAGACUCAUCCUGUCACCAUGAAAAUGGAUCCCAAAGGUUUUUAUGUCUACUGGAUCAACCAAAGCAAGGAGACAACGUUCCUGGAUGUUGCUACCAUCAGAGACACCAGAAUAGGAAAAUAUGCGAAACUUCCAAAACACCCUAAGGUUCGCAACGUGUUCAACCUCGACUUUCCAGACAGCAACCACCUUGCCAAAACUCUGACCAUCGUCUCAGGUCCAGACACUGUGAAUCUGACCUAUCAUAACUUCUUCGCCUCCAAAGAGAAAGUGACACAGAAUUGGGCAAAUGACAUUUUUGCAAUCGCAUACAAUGCUGCCAGGAACAAUGCAUGCAGACAAGUCUUCCUGGAGAAAAUAUACGUGCGUAUUUCUCUUCACACCAACAAGGACGGCAAGAUCCCAGUGAAAUAUAUUUACAAGAUGUUCCCUGCGGAUAAGAAGAGGGUGGAAAGUGCCUUAGCAUCAGCACACCUCCCUAAAGGAAAGUACGACUCCAUGAAGCCGGAUGUCUUCACUGAGGCUGCCUAUAAGACCUUCUUGACACAUCUCUGCCCUCGGCCUGAGAUCUACGAGAUCUUCACUUCUUACUCCAACAAACCCAUCAUGACGAAAGAAAACUUCACCAAGUUCCUCAACGAGAAGCAGAGGGACUCUCGCCUCAACGAGGAGCUGUUCCCACGUCUGCGGCAAGACCAGAUCAAGGCUUUGAUCGACAAAUAUGAACCCCUCUCUGCCAACUCAAACAGAAAUCUGAUCUCUCCAGAGGGUCUGUUGUUCUUCCUCAUGGGGCCAGAGACGUCAGUGGUCGUGCAGGACAGGCUGGCCAAGAGUCAGGACAUGACCCAACCCAUCCCCCACUACUUCAUCAAGUCCUCCCAUAACACAUACCUGACAGCUGGUCAGUUCUCGGGCGUGUCCUCCCCGGAAAUGUACCGUCAAUGUCUGCUGUCCGGCUGCCGCUGUCUGGAGCUGGACUGCUGGAAGGGCAAACCUCCAGAUGAAGAGCCAAUCAUUACCCAUGGUUUCACCAUGACAACUGAGAUCCUAUUCAAGGAUGUAAUUGAAGCCAUUGCCGAGAGUGCCUUCAAGACCUCACAGUACCCGGUUAUCCUCUCAUUCGAGAACCACGUUGACUCGGUGAAACAGCAGGAGAAGAUGGCAGACUACUGCAAAACCAUAUUUGGUGAUGCCCUGCAAACAGAGCCACUGGACAAAUACCCUCUAAAGCCAGGCCAGCAGAUUCCCAGCCCAUCUGAGCUCAUGGGCAAGAUCCUAAUCAAAAACAAGAAGGGCAGCCAUGCAAAGCCAGCCCAGAAUAAGAAAACCAGCACAGCAGCUACUGACCAGACCACAGCCACAGCUGCACCCACUCAGGACCCAAACAUCACCUCCACAGAUCCUGCCAACCCAGCACCCAGCACCCAGGAGAACCAAGAGGGGGACGCAGCUGUGGAGGACAACGAGGAGACGGAGGAGACAGACGAGCAGGAUGAGGAAAAAAUGAAGACAUCGGAUGAGGGCACAGCUGGACAAGAAGUCACAGCAUACGAGGCCAUGUCAUCUAUUGUCAACUACAUCCAGCCAAACAAGUUCAUCUCUUUUGACAAUGCCAGAAAGAAAAACAAGAGUUACGUCAUAUCAUCUUUUGUGGAGACCAAAGGGGAGACAAUGAUUGCCAAGACCGCUGUUGAAUUUGUCGAAUACAAUAAAAGGCAGAUGAGCAGGAUUUACCCCAAAGGAACAAGAAUGGACUCAUCCAACUACAACCCUCAGCCAUUUUGGAACGUCGGCUCCCAGAUGGUGGCGCUAAACUACCAGACCAUGGAUUUCCCCAUGCAGCUGAACAUGGCUCUGUUUGAGUUCAAUGGCAGAACAGGAUACAUCCUCAAGCAUGAUGUGCUGCGGCGAAGUGACAAAAAGUUUGAUCCUUUUUGUGACAGGAUCGACACAGUGGUGGCGAGCACACUGACAAUAAAGAUCUAUUCAGGUCAGUUUUUGUCUGACAAGAAUGUGAAAACUGGAGUGGAGGUAGAGGUGAUCGGACUGCCAGGAGACCCCAAGAAGAAAUAUCGCACCAAGUGGUCCACCACACCCAACGCCAUUAACCCCGUGUGGAACGAGGAGCCUUUUGUUUUUGACAAGAUUCUGCUCCCAGAAAUGGCCUCUCUAAGAAUUGUAGUUCACGAAGAAAAUGGUAAAUUCUUGGGACACAGGAUCAUCCCACUUGAUGCCAUCCAAUCAGGUUUCCAUCACAUCUGCCUGCGCAGUGAGAGCAACAUGCCGCUCACUCUGCCUGCUCUGUUUGUCUUCAUCGAGGUCAAGGACUAUAUCCCUGCUGCCUUUGCAGAUUUCACAGAUGCUUUAUUCAACCCGACAAAGGGCACAGAAAAGACCACAAAGACCCCAAAGGAGUCAUCCUCGGACUACAUUUCUCCCUACGAGAUGCCUCUUGUGGCCCAAACCGCUGCAGUCAUGGCCCAGGAAAGUGAAGCCCCAGUUGCAGAAAAACCAGAAUCUGAACCUGCACUACAGGUUGAUGCCAGUGAGCAAUCACCAAAGUCUCCAACGGAUCCUCCUCAAACUCCUGAGGAGGCCCCUGUUGAGGAUCCAGCCCCGGAUGCAGAAACCCUUCCUGAAGCUGUUCCAUCCUCUGAAGAGCCAGCUGCUGUAGAACCAACCCCUGAGGAAAAAGCCCCUGAAGAUCCAGCCCCUGAAGAGCCGGCACCUGAAGAGCCGGCACCUGAGGAGGAACCCGCUCCAGAGCCAGAGGAAGCUCCUGAAACUAAGGAGGAGCCUGGGACUGAGUCCACUACAAAGCAGAUCCACAAGACACAGAAGCUGCUGAUGAACCUGCUGCUGUGGUCCUGCCUGUUCCAGCAGCAGUUGCAUCGCCUGAGUCCUUAGUAAAAUGAGUCACCUCAGCCGCCCACGUCUAGUGAAGAGCCUUCGACUGUUCCCACCGAAGAACUGACACAGCACAAGAACUACCUGAAGGUCGUCAAGCGUCAGGAGAGAGAGAUGAAGGAAGCAGAAAAGAAGUAUCAGAAAAAAGGAGAGGACCUGAUUCAGAAAUAUUCUGACUCCUUCAAGGCCAUGAAGAAGAAGGCCUCAUUGAAGAAAAAGGAGGGAGAAAAGGACUCCUCUGACUCCAGCCUGAAGACGGAGCGGGUGCAGGAGCAGAAGGACAAAAUGUAUGUCGAGCUGCAGGAUUUGUGGACGGAGCAGUGCGACCAGCUGAAGAAGAAGAAAGAGCAGUGUGCUACAGAGAGACUGGCCAAACUGUUGGAGCUGGCAACAGAGAGACACACCGCUGAGCUGAAGACCCUGGAGAGCGAAUCCAAAGAAAACAAGAAGAAAUCGAUCUCAAAAUGUUCCUCCUCAGAGAAAGCAAAGCUGAAAAAGACAAUGAGCACAGAGCUGCUGGAUGAAACAAGUCAGUCUGAUGCUUCUUCUUCAAAUAACAGCCCGCAGCAAGAGGCUCUGAUGAAGAAACAAGCUGUUACACUGGAGGAGAUCAAGACCCUGACCAAUCAGCUCAAUCAGGAAGCCCUGAAGGAGCAAGCUCAGAAAAUGAGGUCUAUUCCAGCUGAGGUGAGGGAGGCCGUUAACGUCUGUGUGGGGGCCCACUUUCCUGAACUGGUCGACCAGUCAGACGGCAAGAAGGUGGAGGGGGUCGGCUUCUAUGGGGAUGUCUUCCUGGGUUAGAUGUGCAGUCUGUUCCCUGACCCAUGACUGUAACCUUGUCCUUACUGAAUAUACGCUCUGAAUGUAAUUGUAGAAGAAGAUUUGGUUAGGGAAGCUCUGUGUGAAAUUUCAAUUUAGAGCUGCUAUUCAGACAGCUUUUUUUUAGGUAGUUUUAAGUCAUAAUAAUGUUUUCAUGGAUGUCCUUCAGACCAAAAGUUUGAUGAUUUUGAAAUGAUUUUUCCUACUCUAUUUUCCUCUUUCUUUUUGUUCCUUUUCACCACUGAUAAGUGCCCCAAUACAGCGACAAAUAUCCUCUAGACCAUCACUGAAAGCUUUCGCUUGGUACUCUUCUUUGUGCUCUCAAAAUGAGUGCAAAACUGGGACAAAAAUAAAAUGUAGCAGCAAAAACGGGUAAUCGGAGUCUGCAGAGUCCAUCUGUCAGACUUCAGUUCAGUGUGAGCGACACUCCAUAGAGCCACAACAAGGCACUCACUCUCAGAUUUAGUUGUGAAGUAAAAGAGGUUAACCUACACAACAAGUGCAAUCAAUAUCUGUUGGUGAUGUGAUGAUGGAAAUGCAGACAGGAAGCACGGAUGCAAGAAGUAGUUUUUUUGAUUUUGUCCUGUGUGAAAGUUCACAAUAAACUGUUUCUUUCCCCG